UCACCGCAUGUAGGGAAGGGCGCUGUUGCAGCGCAGCCAUUACGGCUGCUUCCAUCGUAUCUCCCGGGGGCGAAAUUACCGCACCAUCUAUUUGGGAUCCAGGUGGAAAGGUGGAAACACGUAUCCACCCGCUAAGACGGACGUGCCAUACCAGAAGGCUACACAGUAGAUGACAUGCAGACUUCUCUCCUUUGUUUCAAUCGCAAAUGUAGCUUCCUGGUGGACACAUUCUACACGCCCUACACGAAGCAACCGAGCUUCAAACAGUUCCAGCGUAGCCGGCACUCACAGAGCAGAAGCCGCACGCGCCGCGUGCGCGACAGCAACACGGUCUGGAUGAAGGUAAAACAGAACCCUACUAUGACUGUGUCAUGGCAGUCACGAUUGAGGACAACGAAAUGUUGGGAACAAAACAUGAUAGAUAAUGGAGAACGAUAGAGAAAAUCGUAGUAAGAAGCAACUGUAUCCAAACAGCAGGACACAGUGGUACAGUGCUCGCUGGAGCAUGCAGUGUUUGGUUGGAAGCGGGCACACAAUACCAUAUGCAGGGUGACAGAUGUGAAGUCCAACAAUAUGCUCACAAAUUAAAGCUCUGCGUCCAGAGCCGAAGGAAGUUGCUAGAUCUCCUGGUAACGGCGCCAUUGCUGGGCUUUUUAAAAAUGGCGUCCCCCUUGCAUUACUGAUUGAGAUUCGUCCAUUCCGGGGCGCGCCCACACGGACACUGAUCCAUGCCGACGCGUAGACUCUAGUAGGUUGAAGCUCUGUUUCCUGGCGUUCGAAAUGAAGGUAAAAGGAAGCGGAUGACCUCAGUUGAGGCUCCACUUCGUCUAUUGUCCUGCCUUUUUUCUUUGUUUCACGUGGUGACGCCCCCUGUUACCAGUGGGUCGAUGCCGAACGGCGUACGCGACGCCUCCGUGCUGUUUGAGGGCAUGGUCGACCCUGAAAAGCUACUCUGAAUGUGCAAAUAGCGUUUGUGGAUUGGGCUGCUGCUCUCUCCAACUCAACAAUACACUUGAAGUACCUGAGUCGAUGACCAGCUCCGAGAGGGGCUAGAUAACCCGUCUGGUGGCCGCGAUACGCGAAGACGUGAGAUGUUCCGGCAACAUGGAUAUCCGGUAUACAGAAGAACGCGGCGACCACUGCCAGCUUCCCACGUACGACCGUUUGCUGUUGAUCCAGCCACAGUCCCUGCAAGUCGUCGAUAGCAUCCGCGGUGUCAUACAACAGAGGCUUACUGGGGCCGGCGAGGGAGCGGGAGUACAAAGCGGGAUCCAAACAGGAAGACCUACUUUCAUUGGUGCCGCGGUUGCUGGUAUUGGUUCUGUUCCACGAUACAUCGCUGCUGCUCAGCAACAAAAAGCUCUGGUGGCCUUUUGGGAUAUCAAAAAGGAGGCCAUUGCGUAUCAAGUCGCAACCCCAGAAGUGAUGACCACACUUGCGUUCCAUCCUAAUGGAAGUUUGCUGUUCGCUGGCAGCCGUACUGGCUGUCUGUACUGCUGGCAGCUCUCCGGCGUGGUGCCACUUUCAACGACGGCGCUGCGUGUGAGGUCUUCGGAAGGGGCGUCGCUUCUUCGAAGGUGUUGGCCUGCCCACUACGGGGCAUGCGCAGCACUCCUUGUUGAGGAAGACAGAAUCAUCAGCGGUGGGACCGACGGCAGCAUUAAACAGUUCUCUUUAUAUGACAUUCUUUCAACAAGCAAAGAUUCGGAGAACGGACAAGCGAUGCAGACCGCCGACUGCGCUGUGACAGUAUCUCAGAGUUGGUCCGGUCACUCACAGGCGGUCACUGCCCUGUGUGCUCCUUAUCGCGUAUCAGAGGUAUCCGGAGUUCGCGCCGUCUCUCUAGUGUCCUCUGCGCUUGAUCGCACUAUAAAGGUGUGGAGUCAGCAUAGUGGCAGCCCCCUUGGAACGUUUCUUUUACCAGCACCAAGUCGCUGCGUGAUUGUGAAUACGUUAGAAGCGGCACCAGUCAUAUGCGCGGCGUGCGAUGAUGGUCUCGUUCACCUUUUACCUCUGAGCGCUACGACCACCACCGAUGGAGCCUCCCAGCAAAAUGUUGAUUCACAGGCGGAUGCAUCCUCACUGAAGGACCUCGGUGGGAAUCGCAGUGAAACCUGCAGUGAGGCGCCGACUGCUCAUACGCGACACCUCAGGGGUCACACUGGGGCCGUGAUCAGUUGUGUACUGCUGAGCGAUAAUAAACUUGCCAGCUGUGCAGCGGAUGGCGUUCGGUUCUGGGACCUUGUCUCCGGCGCAACCAUUAAGCAUAUCAGUCAUGUUGGUGGUCUGCUUACGGGAAUGCACGUUUUGAGUACCUCGACUGAUUGUAACCUUCUUGUUCUUCCACCUCUGGCGCCGCUGCGACGUGCCCUGGCUCAGCCGAGUGAAACUGGGACAGUCCGUAUCUUGGACAGAGGCGCAAUGCGGCGACAAAUGCGCCACAGCCAGCGGAGAGCGCCUUACUGCUCCCAUGCGGAGCAGGCAUGGCGCGGAUGCCGUCAUACAGGCCCGCGUGCGUGGUUCCGUUAUUUUGACGCUGUUCAAUCACGAGUUCCCUGCACGGAAGAAAUGCAGGCGGUGCCAUAAUGCAGGAGGCGUCAGAACCUCAUGACACUCCGUAGACGAACCAAGUUGCUGCGUGAGUAUGUGAUUUGCUGCCGCUAGGCAACAUUCGUUGGCUGCUGCUAAAACGUUACAAACAAAUAAGGAUUAGUGAUCUGCGUGAGCCUCCAGAGCAGAGCGACUGCUGCGCGUAUUUACUACCUCAUGGCUGGGUUUAUUUUAAGGAUGCAUCUCCAGGGAGACCGGCUCUUCGUUUCCGGUCGACUUACCGUUUGUGACGUGCGCGCGUGAUUUUCUGGCCUCGGGGCUUCCGCGCUUCACACGAAGUACACGGAUGCACGCUGCCAACUGCACCAUCCAUUACUACGUGCACCUGGCCUGGAGCAUCCAGCUUUCAGGGAUCGCGCAGCAUCUGGUUUUUGCGUCCCUCGGGCCUAUCACGUUUUUAACUUUGGGAAUCGGUAUUCAACGUAGGCCGAGGGAUAAAUUUGUGGUAGUCCUCCCUGCAUCUAGGUGUUUCACCGCAUCGAACGUAUAACCAACAGUUUAAAAAUUUUGGCCGAACUUCGUGCAAUCAACUGUAAUAAUGAAAACUGUCCGUCUGUACAGCAACUUGCUGUUUCGAGUUCAUUG